GGUGCUAUUGUCAGGGUUGAUUGGUGUUGUGUCUUGGAAAAGGCCUCUCUCGCUUGUGAUAACUUUUUUUAUGCUCCUGUCUGCUGUAUGCGUAAUGCUGAAUUUGGCUGGAUCUAUUCUUUCCUGUCAGAAUGCUCAGCUUGUAAAAUCACUGGAAGGCUGUCAGUUGAUUAAGUUUGACAGUGAUGGAGUCUGUGUUUGCUGUGAGUUGGCGCAUCAAACGUCAGGAUGCAGUAACCUUGGAGAAACACUCAAGCUGAACCCUCUUCAGGAGUGUAGUACAGUAAGGCUAGCCUUAAAAGACCUGUUGUUCAGUGUAUGUGCUCUCAACAUAAUCUCCACUAUUGUCUGUGCCUUGGCUACAGCGAUGUGCUGCAUGCAGAUGGUUUCAGCUGAUAUCUUGCAAAUGUUUAUGCCGCAUCGAUCUCGUUCUAUAAACCCAGACUGCAUGACUCCUCAUGGAACUAUCCUACACCAGACCUUGGAUUUUGAUGAGUUCAUUCCUCCUAUACCACCGCCUCCUUAUUACCCUCCUGAGUACACUUCCACACCUGGAAUUGAUGGACAGAGAGGGUUUCAUCUGGACUUUCCUCAUUCGCCAUUUAGUGCUUUGUAUGGAAUUGCCAUAAAUAGCCCUGGAGUACCAUACACAGCUGAGCUUCCUCCUCCAUAUGAAGUAGUAGUUGGACAGACGUCAGCCAGCCAGGUAACCAAUUUGGAUCAGCAAGUGAUGGAUUCAAGUAUGGGAGAGAGAAACACAACUACAGGCUUCAGUACACAAGCUUCUUUUGAUAGCACCUCCAUGAUGGUCUCUGAGGCUGCAGAUAUCCCAGAUCACAGCUGCUCAUCACAAGAUCUGUGCUCAGUGGAGGUUCAGGGAUCCCUUCAAUCUACAAAUAUGUCACCUUACAGUACUAUCCUUACAGCAGCCACGGAUGGAAGCUGUAGUAGUCUCGAGCGCAUUGUUCAGUGUGGUUUAAAUCAGAGCAGUUCGCAAUGUUCAGUGGAAGAAGAUGGUGGAUUCUGCAGGGAAUUUGUGGAUAGAUCACAAACAAAGGAUUCCAGAAACUGUACUCAAGAUAAAUCUCCUGACUGUUCUGCACAGGAGUUCAGAUUCCUGGAGAGAGUGCCCCUUGAACCUGUUAAAAAACAAAAGAACACACCAGCAUUUAAACAAAUGAAAAUGUGUUGUGGGGUUUUUAGCCAGCCUUCCUCUCAACUGUAUUCUGCAACUAAUACUGCUCAUGCAAACUCUUCACCUCACUCAAGCUGCAUGGAGAGAGCGCGACUACACUACAGGCAUGGAAAAUACAGAAUUUCUAAAAUAGUUCGAUCAACCAGUGAUCCUGUCUCAUGUUCAAUUCCUGAGGGUGAUGCUGGUACUUACAGCUUGACAUGCAAACAGCAACAUGUCAGCGACUUGUCACAGACUACUUUUGUUACAGCUUCAUACUGUAAUUCCUGUUCCGCUGCUUCAUUAUCCCAGGACACUGUUACAAACUUUCACUCUUGUGGGCGACGUAAAGAAGGUGGCAAAAGGGAUCUCUGGUUAAAACCAAGGGCAUUAUAUGCCAUCUCUAAAGAGUGGCCACACUCAUUAGUGGACUUGAAAACAUAUAAGGACACCAAAGUACUGGUGGCAAAAUUUUUACAACAUUCAAACUGCAACCUACCUCCAGAAGUUCAACAUGUAGUGAACACUAUUAAGUCUGUUAUCAAAUCUGAUGAAAGACACAUGGAAGAAGCCAUCUUUAGUGCCAAUGUUAUUGAUCAGGUAAUCAUGAGUUCAUGCCAGAAUACUCGCACCCCUAGAAAGCGGCUUGAAGAAGACCUUCACCUCCAGAGCUGUGGAGCUCUCAGUUCACCAUCAUCCUUACGUCGAGCCCAACUAGGAUGCAAACUAAAGAAGGGCAGAUCACAUAGUUUAGUUGGAGUUUCUCGGGAAACUGUUCUCUGAUGUUGCUGAACUUUAAAAAGACUAAUAAUUCAACAUGUGCCAUAAAAAUUAACAAGGAGUUUCAGAAAGUUAACUAUAUUACAAAAAACUUGAAAGUGAAUGUCUUCCUUUUGGAAUUUUAAAUGUUUGAUUGGAUUUUUUUGGGAUGACUACCGUUUUGAAUAUAAAAUUGUUCUUUGAAAACAGUUGUGCUAGCUGGAUUACUUGUAACCUGUGGAAUUAACUUCCCCACUGAGUGGGUUUGUGAAAGGGCCUUUUGAGACAUUUUGCUACUUUUCUGAAGAGUUUGUGAACCAGUCAACAACAUUAUUCCUUUUCAGUGCCCAGAAUGUGCAAAUGGGCACUAGAUACAACUUCAAAGUUGUAAUAUUUAAUGUACCUCGAAGUGUUUUAAAGAUUAUCGGUGUUCCAAUAAAUAUUAUUUAUGAGGUUUAUUGCAAAUAAAUUGCAUCUUCAGUAUGA